CCAACUACCGUACAAGUUCUAUCGUUUCCACAUUUCAGCCUACAAAUCAAAACCAUCAGAAUGAUGUUCUCCCGCUUCGUUCUUACCAUCGUCGUCGUCCUCUUCGUCCUCGCCAUCGCCGUGGAUGCCGCCUACAGGAAGCCUCCCUUCAACGGAAGCAUCUUCGGCAAGCGAUCCAACGCUAUCACUGAUUACGAACUCACCAGCCGAGCCAUGUCAUCGGUCUGCGAAACCGUCAGCGAGACAUGCAACGCCUGGUUGGCACGUCAGGACUCCAACUAAAAAUACUGGAAACACCAGGGUUCACUUGAACGCGCCGCAAUGCUAAUAUUUAUUGCUUGAUCAUUUCAUUGACGUGUAAUACAUAGAUAGCCAAACUAUGUUAAUGUCUAAUUCAACGAUCACUCUGACGCUUUGAGAUUCGUCGCAUCGUCCAAAUCACUCGCCGUCUUGUAAUUAUAUCGCUUACAUUUCAAUUAAUCUCGUUGUAUACAUGUUUCUGAUACUACAAUAUAAUAAAGUCUAAUGUUUCUUCAUAUUAA